CUGCACUUCGCACAGACGGACUGUAUACAACAUGGCUCUUCCUUGCAUCGAAGUCGCAGACGCUCCAGCUACCGAGGCUUUCCUCGCAAACCCUAAGGAUGUCAGCAUCGUACAGCCCGCACUGGAAAUCCUGAAAAAGUCUCCGGGUAUCAUAAAGAUCUACUCUGGUCUGCAGGUUGAGGAGAGGAAACACGCAUAUGUCUACAACGUGUGGGAAGAGCUCAAGGAUCACCGCAACCUGCAAGCAGAGCCCGUUAUCUAUCCCGAGCUCGGGAAAGUGUGCGGACGCUUCAUGGCGCGCAACUCGGACGUGACGCACAUCCAGCCGACCAGCGAGCCCUACAAGGCCCUCGGUGCUCCCGCCACCGAGCUCGCCUACCUCGUCGUCAAGCCUGGCCAGUCCAAGGAGAAGGUGGAGGAGAGGUUGAACGCUCUGGUAACUACCGUGAAUGGUCUGCCAGAGAAAUGGGGCGCCAUUUCGGCGGUGUGGGGCCCAACGGUCGAGGACAGCAACACCCUUGGUCUGAUCAUCGGCUGGACGUCGGUAGACGCUCACUGGAACACUGUCAAGACCGUACCUGAGCUCAUCCAGCUUCUCCAAGACAUCCGCGAGAUCGCAGACAUCUCGCUCACGCACCAAGAAUUAACGGAAUUCAAUUGAUGAGAGUGUAAGUGGCUUUGUGAGCUUGCAGAAGGACAAGAUACUCUUGUACAACAGUGGGGAUGUAGAGAUGUCGUUAUGUACAGGCUGAAGCUGGUGCUCGCGCGACUG